AUGACGAAUGUUCCGGCGUUCUUAAGGGGGUUGCGGCCGGCCGGCAGCCGGUAUUGGGGGCGGGGGAGGCGGCGGCAGAGGGGGGAGCGGAGCUGGGCCCCGCUUCGGCAAGGAGGCGGCGGGACGGCUGGCCUCCCGUCCGCCCCGCGCGGUGCUCGGAGCCCACUGCUCGGUGCCCGGCCCCGGAACUGUUGUGUAGCGGGAGGAGGAGGAAGAAGAAGAAGGGGAAGGGGGGGGGGGCCGGCCUGCCCUCGGGGAGGCGACCUGCCAAGGGCUCUCGGGGAUGAUCCAGCGGGCGGGCGCGGCUGGGAGGGGAAGGGCUGCCCUGACGGGGGUCAAUAAAUGAAAAGCAGGAGGGGGGGGGGGAGGAAAAAACAGCUGAUAAAAUAGGGUUAUUUAUUAUCGAAACGGUCAAUUUUUUAAAAAACAGUACAGCGGAGGUUAGGGCAAGGGUUUUAUUGUAGGGAGCGGGUAUUUUUAGGCUUACGUAGUGGUCUACGAUAGUGCUCACCACCCCCCUGACCCCCGCCCCAGGUGAAUUAAUUAAUUAUCUUUGUCUCCAGCCGGGCGGGGUGUCCUCGCCCAGCGGUGCCGGGGCAGCCCCCGUCGGCCCAUGGGGGACCGCAGUCUGCCGCCGGCAGCGGCCCCCAGCCGCAGCCCCAGCCCGCCGUGGGGUGUAGGAGGCGCUGGCUACGUGGGGUCCUUCCCCUCCCCGGCAGCCGCCUCUCGUUCCUCCUCCUCUUCUUCCUCCUCCUCCUGCCCCUUCUCACCCACCGCAACCGGUUCCUCCAGCGGCGGCGUGUCCGGUGUGCCGCCGCCCUCGCCGUUCCCGUCGGCGGCCGCCGCUGCGCAUCCCCGCGCCAUGCAGGAUGAGCUGCUCCUGGGGGUGACACAGCAGCAGCGGCAGCAGCAGCCGGGCGGCGAGAGGCUGGGCAGCAGCCCCGCAUCAGGACACCCCCCUCCCGGCCACCCCUCCUCUGACUUUAAACCCAGUCUCAGCCCCCACCAGGAUUUAAACAAGCAGCAACCGCAGCAGCAGCCGCCGCCUCCUCAGCUGAGCCAGAAGAGGAAAGAGUUUAAGCAGCAGCAGCCGCCGCCGCUCAGCAGCCCAGCCCAGCUCGGCAGCAGCCACCCCCUGAAUAACCACCACCCCCCAGACUAUCAUCACCACCCCCCGCAGCAGCAGCAGCAGUUCAGCCACCCCACUGACAAGUACCAGCAGCAGGAGCACAGGCAACAGCAGCAGCAGCAGCUCCAGCUCCUCGGCGGUCACCCCCCGGAGCCGCCGCCGCCGCCCGGGGACUACCCGCGCCACCGGCCCCUCAGCCCCGCCGAGCACCGGGGGGGCUCCGAGCGGCUCGCCCCUUCCUGCCCGCCGGCACCGGUGGCCGCCGACCCCAAUGUGGGGGUGGCCGCCGCCUCCUCCUGCCUGAAUCCGCCGCCGUCUCCUCCUCGCCUGCAGGCGAAAGCCAAGCCGCCCCCCAUGGAGUCCCCCCCGAACAGCCACUUGCUGGGCAGCCCCGGGAACCUCCUGCCCGGCGGGCUGGGCUCUGGCUUCAGCAGCCUGCAGAGCCCGGAGAUCCCCAGCCCCCAUCACCAGAGCGGGGGCGGCUCCUCCUCGGCGGCUUCCCCUCCUCCUCCGCCGCUGCCCGGCUUCGGCACCCCCUGGUCGGUGCAGACCUCGUCGCCGCCUCCGCAGCAGACGCAGCAGCCUCCGGCGUCCAGCGGCGGCGGCGGCGGGCAGAUCAGCGCCAUGCCGCCGCCGAGCCCGGAGUCCGAGACCAGCUUCUACCCGGGGAUCCCGUCAUCGAUCAACCCCGCUUUCUUCCAGAGCUUCUCGCCGGUGUCUCCUCACAACCCGUGCGCCGGGCCCUUCAGCAGCCCCUUCUCGGCCGCCGCCCCCCCGCCGCCGCCGCAGAUGAAUUUACCUCAGCAGCAGCAGCAGCAACAGCAGCAGCAGCAGAACCGGAGAUCCCCUGUGAGCCCCCAGCUCCAGCACCAACACCAGGCGGCGGCCGCCGCCGCCGCCUUCCUGCAGCAGAGAAACUCCUACAACCACCACCAGCCUCUUCUGAAGCAGUCGCCCUGGAGCAAUCAAAGUAGUGGCUGGAGCACAGGAAAUAUAUCCUGGGGAGGAAUGCAUGGCAGAGACCAUCGCAGAACUGGAAACAUGGGAAUUCCAGGAACUAUGAACCAGAUCUCUCCUUUGAAGAAGCCCUUUUCUGGUAAUGUCAUAGCUCCUCCUAAAUUUACUCGCUCCACUCCGUCACUGACACCAAAAUCGUGGAUUGAAGAUAAUGUUUUCCGAACUGACAACAACAGUAAUACUCUCCUUCCCUUACAGGAUCGAAAUAGAAUGUAUGACAGUCUGAAUAUGCACUCUUUGGAAAACUCCCUUAUUGACAUUAUGAGAGCAGAGCAUGAUCCACUUAAAGGUCGCUUGAGUUAUCCACAUCCAGGGACUGACAAUCUUCUGAUGUUAAAUGCGAGGAGUUAUGGGCGAAGACGAGGCCGUUCUUCCCUCUUCCCAAUAGACGAUGGGUUGCUGGACGAUGGUCAUAGUGAUCAAGUCGGAGUGUUGAAUUCACCUACCUGCUAUUCAGGUCAUCAGAAUGGGGAACGAAUUGAGCGUUUUUCUCGGAAAGUGUUUGUUGGAGGUCUUCCACCAGAUAUUGAUGAAGAUGAAAUUACUGCUAGCUUCAGACGAUUUGGACCUUUGGUAGUAGACUGGCCUCACAAAGCAGAAAGCAAGUCCUAUUUUCCACCAAAAGGUUAUGCAUUCCUCUUGUUCCAAGAAGAGAGUUCUGUCCAGGCACUGAUUGACGCCUGCAUUGAAGAAGAUGGAAAGCUCUAUCUAUGUGUUUCCAGUCCUACUAUCAAGGACAAGCCAGUUCAGAUCCGUCCCUGGAAUCUAAGUGAUAGUGACUUUGUGAUGGACGGUUCCCAGCCACUUGAUCCUCGAAAAACAAUUUUUGUUGGAGGAGUCCCUCGACCAUUAAGAGCUGUGGAAUUGGCUAUGAUCAUGGACCGUCUGUACGGUGGAGUUUGUUACGCAGGAAUUGAUACUGACCCUGAGCUGAAAUACCCAAAAGGUGCUGGACGCGUUGCUUUUUCCAAUCAGCAGAGUUACAUUGCUGCCAUCAGUGCUCGGUUUGUUCAACUUCAGCAUGGCGAUAUAGAUAAACGAGUGGAGGUAAAGCCAUAUGUGUUGGAUGACCAGAUGUGUGACGAAUGCCAGGGUGCACGAUGUGGUGGAAAGUUUGCUCCUUUCUUUUGUGCCAAUGUCACUUGCCUGCAGUAUUACUGUGAGUUUUGUUGGGCAAAUAUCCACUCCCGCGCAGGACGUGAAUUCCAUAAGCCAUUGGUAAAGGAGGGGGCUGACCGCCCACGUCAGAUCCACUUCCGCUGGAAUUAAACAUGGUGAACCAGCAUCUACAUAAGGAAAGAAGGGUGCAUGUGGCUUACUGUGUUUGAAGAUACUGACAUGCAGAAGAAAUAAGUGCAUUCUUCUGCUUUUCACCCCAGCUAUCAAUACAUGCAUCUUUAUCAGCAGCCAAAACACUACAAGCCUCUUGUUUUUCACCAAAACCCUACAUCUCAGGCUUACUAAUUUUUGUGAUAUUUUCAUGUUAAAAUAAAAUGUUUUUUUGUAUUUUCUCCAAGUUAUUUUUAUAUGUAAAGUUAAAACUAGAUAUGAGAAUGUUUUUGCGUAGGGGCACACAGUCUGCUGCUAUAUUUAGUGGGUGAAGCGUGCACUUAUUUCUAAACAUGGGUUUUUAACUUCAAGAUCUGCCCCAGUAAUUUACCAAAGGUAGCAAAAUAGUGAAGAUGGAAUAUGUCUGCUACAAAAAGCUUAUUUUUAUUGUUGUUGCUAUUUUCAGUGUAUACAUAAACUAAAAAUUAGGGUUGAUUUUUUGCUCUCCAUUUUGACUUGCAAGAAAUAAUACCUCAAGAUAAUCUGAUUUAUUAGCUAUUUUUAAACAUUUUUAAUCACAAGCUGUAUUAGCUUUGCUGCUAUAUAGGUGUUAUGUGUAAUGCCACCUAUUAAUACGGGAUUGAAACGUUUAAGACACACUGCAUUACAGAUAAAAUGCAGGCAGCACAAUAUGGCUUAAACUGCCAUAGUUUUAGAAUGUGAAAAAAUUGCAUGUUUACUUACCUGUAUAAACCAUAUGCAUGCACUAGAACUAUUAAUUAACAAGAGGUGAGUUAUUGCAAAUGUUCAAAAAAAGGCUCUCUUGAAACUAGGUAGCAUGAGCAAAUUUACAAAAUUUGUUACAAAAAAAAAAACAAACUUGCAUGCAUUAUUGUGACUGAAGUAAAAAAAAAUGUCCUACAUGUGUACAAUAUGCAAAUUAGUUUUAGACUA